GAGUUGGUAAGACUUGUAGUGCCGCGGUUGUAGGCGCUUGUUGUUCGAGAGUUGUUUCAAAGUGUAUGUGGGUUGGUUUCUAUAGACCAUAAUUAUGGCCGAAAGACUGGAAGACUUAAAUCUUCCAAACACCGUAAUAACAAGAAUAAUUAAAGAGGCACUUCCUGAUGGUGUCAAUAUUGCCAAGGAAGCAAGAACAGCAUUUGCAAAGUCGGCAUCAGUGUACAUUUUGUACAUAACCUCUGCAGCCAGUUUGGUAGCAACAAGCAAUAACCGAAAGACGAUCAGCGGACAAGACGUAUUGCAGGCGAUUGGGAAUGUGGAAUUCAACAACUUUUUGGAACCUUUGCAAGAUGUACUUGAAUAUUUCAGAAGAAUGCAGAAGGGGAAAAAAGAUGCAUCUGCAAAGCGUAAAAUGCAGAAGGAAAGAAAAUCAGAAGAUCAAAACGGAAAUGAAGUGGGUGAUAAGGACAAUGUUAUGGAGGCUGAUUUAGACAAUGGCUUAGAAACUAGUUCAGAUGUGAUAUAUGAUUGUGUUGACCAGUGACAAUCUGUUGCAUUCAUAGACAGAAAUUUCAGAAGUCAUGUUUCAUCAUUUCCAUCAUCUGCAUUCAUUGACAAUUUGGCCCUACAGUCGUCCAGAUCAUUGUAUUUCUGACGAACUACCAACCGCAGUGUGCAUCGGGAUUUUAAAGAGUCCAACAGUUGUUUAUGCUUAUCUCACUGAAAACUGAUUCGUAUGAAAGUUGCAGGUGUUAUUGUGGAAUCUUUAAUUUUAUACCUAUAUUUACUAUGAUAUGCUUUUGAAAAGCUUUGUACCAAUUUUAUUUGAAGAUAAACACCAUCUAUGAAUGUUCUGUGACUUUACUUUUUUGUUUUCACAUAAUAAUAUCAUGAAAAGAAAGUGCACUUCAGA